GAAAUCUCUAAGAAUGUAAGGGCUUUAUAAGGUGCUGGAGCAAAUAGUAUUUGUGGUAAUCAAAUGCUUAAUUCUUCAUGGUGGCUGAUAAUCUAGUUUUGCAGAUGGCAGAUGUCAUGCAAAAUAACGAUGGAUUCAAGAGGCCCACGAUGCCUUUGGCUGUUGUUGGACUGAAAAAGCCACGCUUGGAAGUUGUUUCGAAUGGACGACCACAAUCCAUUCCACGUACGUCACAUUUGAUGGCUCCCAUAAUGUUACUUAGUGGUCAUGAUGGUGAAAUUUAUACGGCUAAGUUUAGCCCGGAUGGAAGUUGCUUGGCAUCCGCUGGUUUUGACAUGACUGUUUUUCUAUGGAACGUUUAUGGUGAAUGCGAAAAUUUCUCAACCUUAAAAGGGCAUGCAGGAGCAAUAAUGGAUCUUCAUUUUAGUACUGAUGCCGGUUACCUGUUUACGGCAUCAACAGAUAAGACAGUACGUGUUUGGGAUAUGGAUACAGGAACAUGUGUUAGGAAGUUCAAAUCCCAUAAGGAUAUUGUAAACAGUUGCCAUCCUGCACGACGUGGACCACAGCUCGUUGCCAGUGGUUCUGAUGAUUGUACUGUACUUAUUCACGAUAUACGCAGACGAGAUCCCGUAAUCACUUUGCAAAAUGCCUACCAGAUUACAGCUGUAACUUUCAAUGACACAGCUGAACAAGUCAUUGGUGGAGGAAUCGAUAAUGACAUUAAAGUGUGGGAUCUACGACGAAAUGAACUGGCGCAUGUAAUGCGCGGUCAUACUGAUACAGUUACUGGUUUAUCAUUAAGUCCAGAAGGAACACAUGUGCUCUCGAAUGCAAUGGAUUGCAGUUCAAAAAUCUGGGAUAUCAGGCCAUUUGCACCUGAACAGCGAUGUGUGAAAUCGUUUGCCGGGCAUCAACAUAACUUUGAAAAGAAUCUGUUGAAAUGCACCUGGUCGCCUGAUAAUAAUCGUAUCAGCUGCGGUUCCAGCGAUCGGUAUGUUUAUGUUUGGGAUGUUUCUUCGCGGCGAGUACUCUACAAAUUGCCUGGUCAUCAGGGAUCAGUUAAUGCAACUGAUUUUCAUCCAAAGGAGCCAAUAUUGUUAUCAGCGGGAAGUGAUAAGAAAAUAUACCUCGGGGAGAUUGAUAAUCAGUGAUCUCAUUUUAUUGCUGUUGUUUUUUCUAUUGUUAUUUAUUUGUAGCGUGAUAAGGU